CGAAUGAUCAGCAGAGAUGGCAAAGUGACGUUUGCAUGCCAAGUUGUCAAAAAAAUGUCGGCCAACAAGGAAAAUAACCUUGUUCAGGCCUAUAUUGAGUUAAAUAAGUUUUGUCAAGGCGGAGAUUAUGAUAGAGCAUUAAAAGCUGCAGGAAAAAUCCUGCAAAUAGCACCAAAUGAACAAAAAGCGUUUCACUGUAAAGUGAUAUGCUUCAUCCAAUUGCACAACUUCAAGGAGGCUUUAGCCGUACUGACGAACCCUAAGAAUGCUGCGCUGGCGGCCGAUUUGCACUUCGAGAAGGCCUACGCGCAGUACCGGCUCAACUGCCCUAAUGAUGCAUUGCAGACGGUGGAUAAUGCACCGGAAUUGACUCUGGCUUUGAAAGAAUUGAGGGCUCAAAUUCUGUACCGCUUGGAGCAAUACCAAGACUGCUAUAACCUUUACCGAGACAUUGUAAAGAACACCACUGAUGACUAUGAGGAUGAGAGGAAGACUAACAUGGCCGCCGUUGUUGCCAACUUAGGGGCUCUGAAUCCUUCAGCAGACUUGCCCCAAUUUGACGAGAACACGUAUGAGCUAGCGUACAACGUUGGCAGCGCUCUAGCCAUGCGUGGGAAGUACAACGAGGCUCUGCCAGUCCUGAAGCGCUCGGAGCAGGCCUGCUCGGAGAGCGUCCUGGAAGACGGUGGCACAGAGGAGGAGGCUAAGGAAGAGGCUGGUAUCAUCAGGGUCCAACAAGCGUACUGCCUGCAACAGAUGGGCAGGGAGAAGGAAGCGGUGACCAUCUACCAGCACGUGUUAAAGGACAAGCCGAGCGACCAGGCGCUGGUGGCCAUCGCCAGCAACAAUCUCGUGGUCAUCAACAGGGAUACCAACGUGUUCGACUCUCGUAAGCGUAUGAAGGCAGCAACAGCAGAAGGCUUAGAGCAUAAGCUGAACUCACGCCAGCGCACCUCUAUAACCUACAACCAAGCCAUACUCGCCAUAUACUCCAACCAGCCCGACUUCUGCAAGCAAUGCUGCGUGAAACUCACCAAGUCGCUCAAACAAGAGCAACGCGCGGCUUUAGUAGAAGCUUCCUCCCUUGUGAAAGACGGCAAGAAGAACCAGGCCGUUCAACUCCUGCUGAAGGAAGGUGGAACCCUGACACUAGCUGCGGCUCAGGUGUUGCUAGCAAGUGGUGACCGGAAAGCAGCCGUGAAACUUCUAGAAGAGAGCGAAUACAAGUACCGUCCUGGCGUAAUCGGCGUCUUGGUUACGUUGCUCUGCGCCGACAAUGAACUGGAUAAAGCUUCGAAACUCUUCAAAGAUGUCUAUGAGCAUUAUAAGAAUGAUGAGCGCUUCGCCUCCCUCCGCGGGGUCUGGCAGGCGGCGGCCGGCGUGCACGCGCGCGCCGGCGCCGGCGCGGCCGCGGCCGCCGCGCACGAGGCGGUGGCGCGCGCCGCCCCGCACGACGCGCGGAGCCUGGCGCGCCUGGUGAAGGCGCUGGCCGUGGCCGACCCGGGCAGAGCCAGGCAGCUGGCGGAGAGGCUGCCGCCGCCGGCCACCGUAGAGGGUAAAAUCGACAUCGAAGCCCUCGAGUCGUCGAAAUGGAUGAUGGGAGCCAAGGUUGUGAAGAAGACUGUUCAGAGCAAACAGGAACAAUCGCCUGGAACGCCAGGGUCGGAGCUGGGCUCGAAGCGCAAACAGAAGCGCAAGCGCAAGACUAAGCUGCCGCCCAAUGCGGACCUGUCCCGUCCCCCGGACCCAGAGAGAUGGUUGCCGAAGUACGAGCGCACGGCGUACCGCAAGCGGCGCGGCGUGCGGCGUGACGUCAUCAAGGGCAGCCAGGGCAUGUCCACCACGGCCACCGACCAGUACGACAUGAGCAAGCAGACGCCUACCGCCGCCUCGGCCGCCAAGAGUCCUCGCGUCGAGAAACAGCAGGACUCGGCCUGGCAACGCAAGCAACAGCAGAAGAAGAAGGGUAAAGGUCGCAAAUGGUAGCUCUGUACCGAUAUAUGCACAAUAUAUGAUCAUUUAUA